UAUAGCCACAAUGGCAACGUCAUCUGAAGAAGUGUUACUGAUCGUAAAGAAGGUACGUCAGAAGAAGCAGGAUGGAGCUCUCUACCUUAUGGCUGAAAGGAUAGCAUGGGCACCUGAAGGCAAAGACCGAUUCACGGUCAGCCAUAUGUAUGCAGACAUAAAAUGCCAGAAAAUCAGUCCAGAAGGUAAAGCUAAAAUUCAGCUUCAGCUAGUAUUGCAUGCAGGGGACACAACCAACUUUCACUUCUCCAAUGAAAGCACAGCAGUGAAGGAGCGAGAUGCAGUCAAGGAUCUUCUUCAACAACUGUUGCCCAAGUUCAAAAGGAAAGCUAAUAAAGAACUUGAGGAGAAGAACAGAAUGCUGCAAGAAGAUCCUGUUUUGUUUCAGCUCUAUAAAGACCUUGUUGUGAGCCAAGUAAUCAGUGCUGAAGAAUUCUGGGCCAACCGUUUAAGCCUGAAUGCAGGGGAUAAUUCUGCAGUACCUAGUAAGCAGGAUGUGGGCAUCUCUGCAGCAUUUCUGGCUGAUGUACGGCCUCAAACAGAUGGCUGCAAUGGUCUGAGGUAUAAUUUGACUUCAGAUAUCAUUGAAUCCAUAUUUCGAACAUAUCCUGCAGUAAAAAUGAAAUAUGCAGAAAAUGUUCCACAUAACAUGACCGAGAGGGAAUUCUGGACACGAUUUUUUCAGUCUCAUUAUUUCCAUCGGGACAGGCUCAAUACAGGCUCAAAAGACCUCUUUGCAGAAUGUGCCAAACUGGAUGAAAAAGGUAAGCUUUUUGACUUG